UCUAGAUGGCAACUCAGCCUUGGGUCCUUGCUGGCCCAGGAUUUUGUCUGAAUAUUUGGAAGAUAUAAUCAGGUCCUACUUUGACAACUCAAGAGAAGAGGGAGGCCAUCCUACUUGCGAGCUUGGUUUAGUAAUGUACAACGCCAGUCCAAACUUAGGUAACGAUGUCCAAUAUAUAAAUUGGACAAAAGAUUUGGAUUACUUCAUACGCGUUCUGUCAGGUUUAUCAUUUAAUGGACCAAAUCUAUAUCAGCAUAAGAUAGCAGAAGGUUUGGCUGAGGCUUUAGUGAUGUUCCCUAGGCCACCUGAUAAAUUGGCAACAAUACAAGAAUAUUUCAUGGGUGAAAGACAUUGUAUUCUUCUGGCAACUGGGAACCCUGUUCCCCAAAAAAUGAACGUGUCUGUGCCUUUGAUCAAGGAUGCAAAAUUUGUUCCAUCACAAUUAAAGCCUCUAUAUGGUAAUUUUCUGGAGGUGGCACCAAUAUUUGGAGAGUUGGCGAUAAGCCUUUCGAUAAUUACUCCAAUGCAUCAUCCAAUGUAUAGAGAGAUUUUCAAUUCGGCGAAUAACGUUUCUCCAAUGGUAAACAAUCCCAUUGAGUAUAGAAUGGAUGAGCUCACUUUUUUAUUGUCAAGAAAUUUUAAAGAGGCACACAACGUCCUUUACAGAAAAGGAAAAACAGUUUCAACAUCAAAAGAAAGUGCAGUACCAAUGAAGACAAAAUCUUGUGUUACACCUCCCAUAAUUUCCUCUACCUACCCUCAAGAAAACCUACUUUCGGCUAAUAGCAUGAUCCCCAUGGAGCAAACCAUUGAAGGUGUUCAAAAUGUUAUGCAUGCACUUGAGUCUGCAGUAACCUCCCUGCACCCGGUUAUCCCUCAAGUAACUGCAGCUCAGACAUGUGACCCUUCUCCCAUCUCCUCUCAGCUGCCAAAGCAAAAUGUGUUUGAGAACUUGAUGGCAAAUCUUUGCAAUGAUGAUGGUGGUGAUAUUAUACCAUGGAAAAAACCCAAAUUUAUACCAACAUUCAACGAAGAAGAAGAAGAAAACAGUUUCCGAGACCUUUUUAAACUAGACAAGCCUCUUAUUCCUUUUGUUGAUACCCUUGGACAAGAGAAAACAUUGUCUUCUAACCAAAGCAUUUCAUUGGAAGCCCUCAAAGAAGGAGAACCAACACAAGUGCUUAUGGAUAUUGCAACACAAAGUGUAUCAAAAGAAAUAGCUGGAGAAGGGUCUUCAAGAGUACAAGCUCUAGAACUAGGAGGCAAUGUCAGCCUAAUGAAUCCUAUUCCUGCCUCAGAAAACUUCUCUAGUUUCUCAUUUUCUCAACCAUUGGUAGCAUCCACUUACACAGCUGGAGAAGGGUCUUCAAGAGGACUGGCUCAAGAACAAGGAAGCAACAUGGGUGUGGUGAACAAUAUUCCCACCUCAAAAACCUUCUCAAAUUCUAAUUUCUCAUUUCCUCAACCAGUGGUAGCAUCCAAUUGCACAGUUGGAGAAGGGUCUUCAAGAGGACAAGUUCAAGAACUAGGAGGCAAUCUGGGUAUAACGAACCCUAUUCCCACCUUAGAAAAUGGCUCAAAUUAUAGUUUCUCAUUACCUCGACUUAUCAAUCCUGAUUUAUGGCCUAUGUGGGUAAAAGAAUUGCAACAACCAAGUGGUGGGAAUAAUACAACAGUUGGAUUAGGAACUCCUAAUCCACUUCCACAUGAUCCUCCACGAGUUGGUGCUUCACUUGGAAAUUCCUUGUUCCCUAACUCAACGGAAAACUUGCUCAAUCAAUGUCAAUCAACUUCAUCACCAAGCUUUAAUCCAGUGCUUUCUUAUGGCGGUGGUGGCGGUAGUAGCGGAAAUGGCAGUAGUAGUCACCAACAAUUGCAAAGACAGAUACCAUAUAAAUAUACUGAGUUGAGUCACCUAGGUACACCUGCAAUGAGAGAAUGGGCGCAGCAAUAUAAUCCCAGAAAUAUUUUGCUUCCACCACUUCUAAUGGAUAUUAAGGACUAUGUGGUUGCAUGGGAGGGGUGUUUGGUUGGAAGAGUUCACGCCUAUCGUGCAUGUCUUAGUCAAGCAAGGGUCAUGAUCAAACCAACAUCACCUUCAUCGCUUACUUCUACGUGGUCGAGUAGGUUGGAGAUCCUCAUCUUCAUACCCAUAACGGCUGUCAAGCAUACAUUAAAGAUUAUUGGUCGACCUAUAGAUUACGUGUUCUUUCACAUAAUUCAGUUCAACAAUCUUGACGUGUAUGAACAUCUGAUGAGUAAAAAUUUGUGUGCAAAAAUUGAACUCCCAUUGCAUACUAUAAUCUUAUCUACAACGGAAAGCAAACACCAUUUCUUAGGAAUAAUUUUUCCAAGGGAUACAGUAUUUGUUGAACCUGCAUAAGGAUGACUUUGUCAAGAGCCAAAACAAAUCCAAGUAAUGAAUAAAAUGUUCUAAGAGCUGCAUAUAUGCUGCAAGGUAGAAGAGCAUGAAACCAUAGGGAAGAGAAAGAGACCGAUUAAUCAUGAAAUCAUGUUAUAGAAUUGUUAAGAAUUUAUAUAACUUUUGUUAUGUUUUGUUUAUUUUAGUUCUCUUGAUUGGAUUUGUCAUAUA